CUCGAAUUGAAGGCUGCGUGCGCCUGGUGUUAGCAACGAAACCCAGUUUCUAGAUAUUGGGACUCUCGCAAAUCCAACUGCGAGAGAUUGACCAGUAUCGUUUCCCCAGCGGCCAAAAUGGACGCCGAAGACGCCUCCAAGGACGUAGUGCAUCCCGAAGUUCGGGCGCACAUCAACAGUCUCGCUUCCGCUCUUGGAGGAAACGGUGCGGAUGAUGAUGGAAGCUACAAGCUUGGAGACGACGCCCUCGAGUGCUUGCGAGACAUAAAACGAUGGAUCCGUUUCUACGACGAGAAGACGAAUCGCAUGGACGUUGCGCGAUGCCUUGCCGAAGCAAACCUGGUCGGCGGCGACCUCCUCCAGAUCAUCGCGACAUGGCCCGAGAACUGCGCCGAUAACAGACUGAAGGCGAAGCUUGCCUUGGCGUGUUACGAGAUCAUGGUCCCUUUGACCUGGCCCAUCGAACGAGACGCCGAAAGGAUGACCAUCAACCAUCACAGACACCUCCCAGUCUUACAAUUAGCCCAAUUGGGCUACAAACGGGCAAUUAUCAACUUUGACGGAGCCCCAAUCCUUCACACCGCAGUGAGAGUGGCUCUCCCUUCUAUGGCCAUCCCCAUUGGCGACCGAUCCCCACGAGACCAGGGCAUAAUCAAGAUCAUGCUGUUCUUUCUGAGGAAUAUCGCCAUGAUUUCCCCUCCCCCGGGCGUCAAAGACGAGGGAGACGAAUCACAGGUCUCGCGCUCUGUAACGAUAGACGCGUUUUCCUAUCAGGAUAUCUUCUUGGCACUCCUGACAAUCGCCUCCAACAUGGGCGAGGACUUCAGAACCGAGGAUGUCAUUGUCAUGGAGAUCAUAUUUCAUCUUGUCAAGAGGGUAGACGUGAGAAAGCUCUUCCUCGACGAGCAGGGGCUGAAUCAGGCAAAAGCCGUGGAAUUAACAGCCAUGAUGGACAAGGAAGCUGCUAUGCUCCGGUCACACAACCAGAAGGCGCCGAAGCGUCACAACAGGUUUGGGACCAUGAUCUGGGUGAAGAGAGGAAACGGAAAGAUGUCGUCGCUGUCCGGACAGGACGCACUGAGGGACGCCGCCACGCGAGAUUUAAAGAUGGAUAGCAGCAAGACCUUCAGGCCACCGCGACGAGCGCGAAAGGAAGAGAUGGAACCAAAGGAUAUGGGACCACCGCCGUCUCUAAACCACAGGGCAAACAAGCAGUUGCGGUCGUUUGUCGAAGACUUCCUGGACUCGGGGUUUAACCCCCUAUUUCAGCACGUCAGAAAGUCGAUCGACCGGGAAGCACCACACGUUUUGAACUACCACCGAGGCCAGUUCUUUUACUUGGUUGCAUGGUUCUUGGAGGCGGAGCGGAUGCGCCGGAAGCUCCAGAAGGGUGCGAAGCCAGCCCAGAACAAGGCGGAUAAUGUUGGGAGUUUCAAUCUCAUCGCUGGUGUCCUUAAUCAGGAGAUGUUUAUCAGCCUGAACCGCGCCUUGGACCGGUCCUACAAUGACAAGGAUUGGUCCGAGUUGAGCACCGUUAUGAGAUGUUUCACCCAGAUUCUUCUGACUGUGCAAGAAAUGUCGGAAUCUGGAAACGAGGACGACGAGGAGAUUGCCGAGAACAUCCUCAACCGGCUGUUCUACGAGGAAGCAACUCACGAUGCCGUUGCAAAUAUAGCCAGGACAUACAAGGACCAGGGCUUCGAGUACCUCGACGCGUGCACCGACUUGACGUACACCUAUCUACGCAUCCUAGAGGCGUACUCCAAGCAGAACGUGGACUUGCAAGUCCGCUCUCGCAAGAGGACACGGCGGAAGAAGAAGGCCGCCAAGGAUGUUGGGACUGACGGCGUGGACGAGGAACGGAAUGAUGUGGAUGACGACUCGGCGGACGACCAGCAGAGUGCCGAGCGGACGACCAAGGAGCGGAAGUUUGACUUCACGCGUUUCGCCCACAGGUUUAUCCCGCAGGGGGUCGUUGAUACCUUUGUCAAGUUCACCAAGUACUAUAAGGACCUCGAUGACUCGCAACUCAAACGAGCACACCGAUAUUUCUACCGGGUAGCCUUCAAGCAGGAGAUGAGCGUCAUGCUCUUCCGUGUCGACAUUAUCCACCUGCUGUACAACAUGGUCAAGGGACCCGAGCCUCUCGACAAGAACUCGGGCAUGUUCAAGGAGUGGGAGGAGCUCGUGAAGCAGAUCAUCAAGAAGUGUGUCCGAAAGAUUGAGGAGCGUCCGGCUCUGAUCACCGAGUUGCUGUUCUCCAAGAUCAACAGCACGGCUCAUUACCUCGAGUACGGAUACGAGAAGCAGACAAUCUCAACAAAUCCCCGGCCUGCCGCCGAACUGGAGUUCCGCCAUAUCGUGGAGCACGAUCAGCAGAUCGCCAUCGCGGUUGGGGCCCUUCUCGACAAGAACCAGGCCGACCACAUCGACUGGGUCAAGAGACAGCUCUCCGCGGCCGAGAGUGAGCGUCGGGCAUGGGAGGCGGCAGAGAAAGCAAUGCCCUCUGUUGAGGGGCUCGAUGCGGAGGCGGCGGGUGCCUCGAUCGAAGAGGCGGCUGCCAAGGCCGCUCCACUCAUCACCGUCCGCCCAGACAACGACGACCGGCGCACAGCCGUGUUCAAGAACCCGCACCUCCGCCUCCUCAUGAGACUGGUCGGCAUGGAGCGCCUGGCCCUGACCCUCGACGAGACGCCCGACUCGGGCUGGGUCGUGGGCCCCGGCAUCACGGCCGGCGCGCUCGCCGAGUCGGUCGACCUGAUCAACAAGGCCGAGUUCAACCCGCCCACCUUCGACAGCGACGAGUCGGCGGCGGACCAGCUGCGGCGGAAGACGGCCCCGCGCAAGCGCGCCGCAUACGACGACGACGACGGGGGAGGCGCCGACGGGGACGAUGACGACGAUGACAUGCUCUUCCCGAUGGGCGGUCCCACGGCCCGCAAGGUCAUCGACGACGACGAGCAGCCGCGCAAGAAGCUGCAGCGCCGGAGGCGGCGGAAGGGCAGCGAGGAGGAAGAGGACGCCGAGGCGGACGAGGAGAAGGAGAAGCAGAGGGAGGAGCGGGCGCUCAAGAGGCGCGAGAAGGAGCGCGAGAAGGCGCGCAGGGUCAAGAGCGAGAUGUACGUGCGGGCGAGCGACGAUGAGACGGAUGACGAGCGCGACAGGGAGUUCUUUGAGCGCGAGAAGGCCAAGUACGACCGCUUGCAGAGGGAGUUAUCUAGCCACCUCAACGCGCUGCUGGCCGACAGUGGCGACGAGGAGGAGGGGGCCGGCGGUGGCGGCGGCGGCGACGGCUCGAGGAAGAGGAAGUCGGGCGCUCUGGUUGUUGUCGACGAUGAUGACGACGACGACGACGAUUCUGCGGACGGAGAAGAUGCGCGACCUUCGCCGUCUGCGAGGGGGAACAAGCGAGCGAGGACGAAGAAGGGCGGCACCCUCCCCGCCAGAGUUACCGGCGACGGCGACACCGAUAGCGAGGCCGAGUCGGCACGGCCGAGCCGGGGGCUCGCGUCGGGCGACGAGAUGGAGACGGACGACACGCCCCUGUCGUCGAGUCCGCGGGUCGACGUGCCCGCCGCCGCCGCGGAGGACGACGACGACGAUGACGAAGCGCUUCCCGUGCGCGCGAAGCCGAUGGUGCGGGCUAGGGCCAGGGGCGGGUUCCUUGUUGAUAGCAGUGAUGAGGACGACUGAUUUUGUUGCGGUAUAUGGCCAAUUGGCUGGCGUUUUGCGGGGGGUUGGAGUGUUCAGGGGUUGGAAAUAUCUGCUGGAGGAUUAACUGGGUCAGGAAUACAUGACUAGCAUUGUUUUACCUAGCCGCGUGUUUUAUUCGUACUUCUGCGUCCUGGGACCUGGUAUAUGUCAAUAAUGAAAGCGAUCAACUUGGCACAUACCUGUGUUAUUCCGCUCUGUUGCCAUGCACCGUUCCCCCGAGGCAUCGACUCCUUCCCCUGCAGCGAAAUACGAAAUGAGAG